AUGUGCGUGGCUGCAGGCGGGCACAGCACUCCUGGCCUGAAGAAGGCCAUCUCCAACUUCCUCACGCAGGAGUGGGAUCGCAAGGUGUCGGAGGGAGGGGAGAGCGUGCCGGCCCAGUGGGCGGCCGCGCAACCGGACGCGCCGCCGCGCGCGUUUGAGCUGCAGGCGAAGAAGGUGAAGCUGCCGAUGCAGGACAACUACUGCGACUGCGGCCUCUUCCUACUCACCUACGUGGACUUCUUCACGCAUGGCCUGCCCGCAUCCCUGCGUCUCACUAUCCAUCAGCGCAGGCCCCUUGACGCCGACGAGCUUGCCAGUCUGUCGGACUACCCGCUCUUCCUGCACCACAAGUGGUUCUACCCCGGCAACGCCAGCAAGCUGCGCGAGCACAUCCGCUACCUACUGCUCAAGCUCUUCGUGGAGCAGGUGCCUGAGGUCCAGCUGCAGAGCCGCGGUGAUGCCCUUGCAGAGGCGCUCCAGGACAUCAAUCGCUAUGAGGAAGGCCCAGACAGGUACCAGGGCCCUGCAGACUACCUGCCGCAGGGACUGGAGCGACGUGAGGAUCACAAGAGGGAGCUGGAGAGGCAGCGGCGCGAAAAGCAGCGGCAGGCAGAGGAGAAGCAGCAGCAGCAGCAGCGCAAGGCCGCGGAGGCCCGGGAGCGCUCUGAGGCGCGGCGCGGCCUCUCGCAGCGUGACUCUCAGCCCGGCAGCACCGGCGCGGCCGGCCCCGAUGACCCCGCCAGCCGCCGGCGCAAGGCGGCCGACGCGGCUGAGCGGCGACUCGGCGGCACGCAGAAUAGCGACGAGCUCGAGAAUUUUGAGAUCGACCUGGCCUCCAGCCCACGAGAGGGCUCAGAGUUCCCCAGCAACCCCUUCAAUGACUUCCGCUUGCACAGCAAGGUGCAGGAUGGCCCACUGGUGGCGUACAACUCCUCGCGCGAGCAGUCCCCUGACAAUGUCAGCAAGGAUGGGGAGUGGCAGAGCAAGGGAAACAGCUCUGCGGGGAGGAGAAAGCUGGUUUUGGAGCCAUCAUCAGAUGAGGACGGGGGCAAUGAUGUGCAGUGCACCAAGGAGCUCGACAGCAUUGACCUGGGUGGCGCUUCAGGCAGCGGCGCCACGCCCGCGCCAGAGGAGCCGGCCGGCCGCGUGGAGACGCCGGCGAUGGCUGAGAAGUAUGAAUCCUACUUCCGGUUGCACAAGCGCUUCUCGUCAGACGGCGACCGGCUCUCACAUGUGGAGGUGGAAAUGCUGCGCCGGGAGCCGUCAGGCAGGAAGGGCCUCAUCGUGCAGGAUCCCGGCAAGCGCAAGACGUUUGACUCCGAGGCCAGCGCCUACGAGUGGAUGGACUUGUGCCUGUCCGCCAGACCGGCCCCGCUGGCGGCCUGGAAGCCAGCGCCCGUCCGCUGCGCGAGCAAGCAGGAUGACUACGGAAUCGAGGAGUGGCCAGGCAACGCAAGCCCGCCUGCUGUGAGGAGCCCUUCAAUGCUGAUGGGCAGCCCGCGGGGCAGAGUCUCUGAUCGCACGCGCAACGCCCCCGGCCGCUCCGACAAGUUGCAGGGCGAGGCCUCCGGCAGGUCUGUCAGGGACUGCGGCCUGUCCGGGCACAAGCCGGCGGCUGCUGCGGAUGAGGCGCAUGAUCUGACAGGGGAUGAGGACAAGGCGGAUGAGGCUGGGCUGGCGGCGCAGAUCACGCCACCCCCCAACGAUUUUGCUGCUGCCAGUCGGGAGUCAGAGGAGAUCAUUGCAUCUGUAGAGCGCACAAUGGCAUGGGUCGAAGACAGGAGCCGUCCUGAGGCACCCGCCGCCACUUCUGGCUUUCCUUCCUGGGUGCUCCAGACCCCCGCUGCGGCGUCUAAGGCCAGCAUGGAUGAUGCUCUGGCAAAAGCGGUCAUGCUCGAGCUGCCAGGAGACGAGCCUGCAAAGACAGGCCGGCAGCCCAGCGGCGCCUCUGGACUGCUGGAGCAGGCCCCUAUGGCGACAGCCUGGAACCGCGGGACAGCUCGCCUGAGAAAUAUCAUACAGGCGGCGCUGCCUGUGUCUCUGAAAUUCAAGGCACAGAAAAAACAGCCUUCUGUCGCUCACAUGGAUGGCUUCACCACAACUGAGGAGGAAGACAAGAGUGACACAGCAGGUGCAAUGGCAGAGGCUGAUGAGCCGAGCUCAAGGGCCGAGAUUGAUCUGACAUCAGACAGCGGCGCUGCAGACAGCCCAGCUCAGCAGCAGCCAGGCAGCAGCUACCAGGAAGCUGCCACCCCACUGGACGCAGCUGGAAUGCAGCCGCCCACAGCCCCUGGGCCCUCUGAGCAGCUGCCUGCCAACGCUGGAGGCCCUGGCAGUGCUAUUGGCGAUUAUGCUGUGGAUCUUGAUGAGAAGGGGAGGAUGAAGAGGAGGGAGAAGAAGAGGAGGUACAAGAACAACAGGAAGCAGAGGAGAGGUGGAAGCUCACAACAGCCUGUGCCACACUCACAGGAGCCGAACGGUUUUGCCUCUUCUGAUGAGAGCGUUGAAGAUGUGGAUGUCGGCUCUCCCAGCAGGCCUGGCAAUGACCCCAUUCUGGCAGACGACUUUGAGGCGGGCCCUGCCUCACCCGCAGCCAGGGCGCCGCCGCAGCAGUCCCUGUCAGCGCUGGAGGAAGCUGACCGGCAGUUUGCUGAGAAGCUGCAGCAGGAGGAGGAGCCCACAUGCAUGACCUCGAAGAUGUCAGACAUGCAUAUCGAUGAGUAUGAGGCACCCAAGGACGAAGACUACAUUCCUGGCAGAGAGGGGGGCAAGCGCAGCAAGCGCAAGGGCAAGGGCAGUCCCAAAUCCAGUCCCAAAAAGCCCAAGCCACUCAGGCAAGCUCCCCCAGCUCUAGCGCUCUUCAUAGAGCAUGUGGCUGCGGAUGCGUGCACAGCAGCAGCAGUUGCCAGAGUCAGAAACUCUCCCUCUGUAGGCCGGAGACAGAUGCCCAUGGGGGCAUACUUCCCAAGAGUGGACCCUCUGUCCAGGGAUCAGUAG